AUGACUACCUGGUGGUCCAAUGAGCGAAUCUCAGCGACAAUAAAUCAGAAUUAUAUCGAGAAAGAGCUUGGGUCCAAAAAGUACCAGGAAACCCUCCACCAGGUGCUCGCGUUCGGAGAUGGCUUGACUGACGAUACCUACGUCGAUUGGAUUCUUGAACGGAGUCAGCGUUUCUUCCUCAUCCUCAACGACAUUGGCGUUCCGGAGAAGAUUUUUGAGGACGCUUUGUGGGAGCUGAACCUAUUCGGCACUACCUCCGAGACUCUCGACAAGAAGUUCUACCGUCACCAAUUCUAUUUCCUCGUACAAGAUCUUGAGCCUGGCGGUCACGUUGAUUAUGGAACCUGGGACGCCAUCCCCGUGGAGAGUACGAUCAAAAAGCCUCACAUAGCGGCGGCCACUCAAUCUUCAGAAAGAGUCACUGUUCAUGACCACCUAUACACCAGAAAAAGAAUUCCUACCUCUGGUCAAAAUGGCAUUGACCGUAUACGGUUCAUCAUGCACCUCAAGAAUAUCGCUGCUCUACAACAUCAACAUCUUGUAACGGUAUGGGCAACCUACUCGCAAAACGAUUUCAAUUACGUACUCCUCAGUCCUUCCUGCGAUGUCACCCUCAGACAUAUUCUGGAAGACAAGGACACUGCCCGACCUUUCAAAGGCCUCGAAAAACAUGAAAGGCGUCAGCUCUUGCUCUCAUGGAUCCACUGCUUAACAUCAGGACUGGCGUAUCUUCACUCAAGAGGCUUUAUGCACAAGGCUAUUCGACCGUCCACCAUAAGCAUCGAUCAUAACAAUGUCAUCCACCUCAAUGACUACAAUGCUCUCAGAGUACUCGACGUAGAUGAGUCACCGAAUCCAUACAGUGGGGAAAUUUACGACUAUGCUCCACCAGAGAAUUGGCAACGGAAGCCUACACUUCAUGAAACAGCGCCAUUGAAGACAACACUGCAAGGAGGAGGACGGACGACUCGUCGAAUACCCAAAGCUCAAUCUAAUCAUUCAGAGUCGAGGCGGCCGUCAAUUACAGGCCAAGACAACCCACUCGACCGUACACACUCUCGCAGCCAGAACUCCUCUUCAGGAUCAUCAACAAGCCUUCGUCCACGUAACGCUCUCAUCACAACCUUUGCCCCUCCAGAAACCACGCCUACUUCUUUGCCGAACAAGUAUUUUCCAGCCGAUAUCUUCUCCUUGACGGGGGUCAUCCUGACCGUUCUCUCCCACAUCCUCGGUCACUCACCCAAAGCCUUUUCCUCCUAUCGUAGUCGACCAAAUCGAUCCGCUGGUCGAGGCAACGCGCCUCCUGAUGCCUCCUUCCACAAAAACCUCAAGCAAGUAGACAAGUGGAUAGAUAUGCUUGCAAAAGAGGCUGGCCAAAAGGAAAAGAAAGAUCAAAAGUUAUGGGGCGCUAUCUUUGAGAUGAUCAAUCUAUGUAAAAGGGGGUUAGCGAAAGAGCCGGAUAAAAGAGUUGAAGCAGACGAGCUCGAGAGGAAAAUGUACGGAUGGGUAGACUGGGGCAUUGGGCGACGGAACAAAUGCGACUGCACGGAACCAGAUCGGGACUCGGGUGAAUUGGAGAAGCCUAAUCCUAUCAUAACUGCACAGCGCGAUUCCGUUCUAUCGUGGAGUAAGAUCAGUGAGCGUAUCUCGGAAGGCCUGGAUGACACUUUGAACAAUUCAGUGCAGGGAAGCAUUCGUCCUCGACGCAGUCUGACCCAGAGUCUGUCGCUCGAUCGAGCUCCUGAAUUGAGGCGCUCCCGCCACACUCGACCCAAUAGUGAAAUGAGUGGCAGGCUGUCAAGCGUGACAGAUACCGAGAACGAGCCAGUCUCACCACCAAGCCGGAGACAGUCUGAAAUCAUCCGUUCGGCGAUCAAGCAGGCUAUCGCUCAAACUGCACCUACACAGCCAAAGGUGGCUUUGAACGGCCAAGGCCCGACUGUAGUACAUCAUGGAAGAUCAGCCUACAGACUCAAGCCCAAGAAAGCGCAUACAACUCCUCUCACGAACCACCGUAGUUAUCACCGGCCUUUUCCACGACCUAUCCAGGAAGAGCCGGACCCUGACGAGGCCGAUGAGGAAAGCAUUACAGAGACGGACCCAUCUCGCAACGGGAGCAUUCAGACGUCACGCAACGGAAGCAUUCAGUCGCAACCUUUAGAGAUCGACACGGAGGAAUCGGCAUAUACAUUGAGGCCAAAACCAAGAAGCAAGUCUCAUCCAGUCCCCACCUCCCCUGCUGCCAUCGCGCGAACGUUCCCCAAGCCGCCCCCUCGGCCACCAGCAAAGGAUGCAAGACAGCUCCCAGGCAGUCUGACGACCAAGCCCCGCUAUCUGAAUGGCAACCACCACCAAGUUGUGAACGGCAUCCCUGUCAACACGCUCCUUCAGGGGCAGCGUGGUGAGGACGAAACACUCAUGGCUCGUGAUUCCUUCCUCAGUGUAGGGAUGCAAAGUGAGGUUUGGGGGCUUGGCAACGCACUUGAGGAUGGCGGGGCCAAUACGCCAAUGAGUGAAAAGCCCCUUGGAGCAAUAUCGCCCAUGGACAUGAACAGGGACUUGAAUUGGCCGCUGCCUCUCGGGACACUGACUUUUGAGGGUGGGAGAGCGAUUGCUUGA